AUGAAUCUCGAACCCGCCGAGGCCCUCCUGGGCGAAGCCCUUGCGGCAGGGGCCAUUAGGUCUUUAGACGACGCGGCGCAGGGCGCCGCCCUACCGCCCACGGGGCCAGGUCGCAGGCGCCGCAUAGAUCACGGGGUUUGCCACUGGUCGUUGGCGGCUAGUGGCGUCUGGCACUUGGAGCCGUCGUUCUCAGAUCACCUGUCGGUGGUCUAUGAGCUCCCUCUUGACACCCCCCAGUUUAUGACUAUUCCAACCAGGAGCAAAGUUUGCGACGUCUCUUCUGACGACCUAGAGCAGUGGCUCGGUGAGGCUGAUUUUGUUCCAUUCUGGUCUGCAUUAGCCAAGGGGGAUGUCGAUACAAGUUGGCAAGUGCUCUCCAAUGUGGCCGAGCAGUGCUUAUGUUCUUCACGCUCUGGCGAUUGCCCCAGAAGUCAGCCUUGGUCGCCAACUGCUGCGAAGGUGAACAGCUGUAACAGGGUCGAGGGAUCUGCCUCGAUGCGUGUUCUUCUCAAGUUACAGCGGCAGCUUUUGGAACUCGCCAGGAAGCCAGACCCGGCUUUGUGCCGCAAAAUCCUUAAAUCCCUACCCCGUGCUCGUGCCAUCGUGCCUGACCUACCUUGGGUUCUUGAUUGUAAUCUUGAAACACUCCAGGGGCCGGUCGAGGAGUUGCUUGGGGUUUACCAGGAACAGGAAACUGCUGCAGCCCGGUCUCGCUGGAAAGAGCUGCUGAGGGAGAACACUGCCAGGCAACGGGCCUUCGUCAAGACCAGAGCGGAUGCUCAGCUCGAAUACGAGAAACGUUGUCCCAACCAAGCCGAGGCACAGGCUGCGGGACCGGUUCACCCAUCCAGUGUAGUCCGAGCACAGGCCCAAGUUUGGCUUAGCAAAUGGGAGUCCGAACCCGAACCCCACCUUGAUGCCAUCGCGAAGGUCCUUCAAAAGGUACCGGCUGUCGAGCCCCAACUUGUUGAGGUUCAGUUUGACCCGGACGCACUCAGGGCCAUCGCUGCUUCCUUUUCGAAUAAAGCCGCAGGGCCAGACAGCUGGCAAGCAAAGGACCUUGCACGGUUGCCCACUAGGUGGUGGCAUGCAGCCGCACAGCUAUGGCAACACGUGUGGGAACGGGGUCAAGUGCCAAAGCUUUGGAGGUUCGCCAAGGUUUCCUUGAUCCUUAAGCGCGGCGGGCCAAAAACUCGACCGAUUACCCUGACUCAGGUGAUUUGGCGUGUUGGGUCCAAACACAUUGCGCGAGCUCUUCGUCCUUGGACCCUCAAAUGGGCUUCUUCCAGCGACCACGGUGGCCUUCCGGCCUUCCGGGCUGCCAUUCAGCGGGGUGUCAACACCGCUGCUUUGAUGGACGUUUGUUCGGGCUUCGGGCAGGGCUGCCCUCUUUCACCGUUGGCGGCAGCAGCCUUAUCCCAUUGUUGGAGUGAGUAUGUCAAGGCAUCGUGUGCAAACAUUGGUGCUCAAAUUUUCAUGGAUGACCGCACUCUCUGGGUGGAACCUCAGGGAUCCCUCCAGGACCUUGAUGCCGCUUUGCAUGCAAGUGCUGACUUUGACCAGGCUUUUUCGUUGAAACUAGCGGAGGACAAAUGUUUUGUUGCUGCCAAGCAUCAUACGGAGGCCACUCGCCUUCUUGCUGCCCAGUGGAACUUCUUGACUUGCGGGUCCCUUGAGCUUUUGGGCGUGUCCUUUGAUUUUGAGGGAUCAGGGGCUAUCCCAAAAUUUUCACUUCGAAAGGCGGUGCUCAGAUUGCGAUUGCUUCGGUGGACGCAGGCUGCAACCACUUCCCGCAUUAUGCUUGUGCGGUCACUUGUCAUGCCUUGUUUGGCAUGGGCGGCGGGCUUCGCCAGACCGAGUGACACUGAUGUCAAAGCCGUGCAGCACGAAGUCCGCUUCCUGUUCAAUUCGGGUUAUGGGGGUGAUGUUGCCACGGUUGCUUUCUACGAGCUUUUAGGUUGGAUCCUUGAACCUUCUUUCGCCCUUGACUUAGGCCUGUGCCGACUGUUCUGGCGAUGGUUCUCAAAGCCACCCGAUUGGCAAGAAGAAAUCCCCAUUGGCCAACGCCCGGGGAGCUGGCAUGUUCGACUUCCAGAGACUGAAAACCUUCUAAACCGCACGGGCUGGUGGUUUUCUCAUGAUGGCACUACCCUGUGCCGGAGGGAUGCUGCUGGAGCCCUUCGCAAGGUUCACAUAGGUCUUGAAAGCUUUCGUGUUGUUCAAACUUGGCUUGAGGGGUUUUAUCGCCAGCAAUACCUUGGCCGUUGCAAGCGAGUGUCGCAUCACAUGCACCGUGUGCUUGAGGAUGAUGCAGCCAGAGGUCUCGAGCUUCCGGCUCCACCGAAGGGUUUUCGCAUCCAGUUGCAGGGCCACAAAAGGGUUCUAGCUGACAGAACUUCGAUCUACAAUCGUAGGGCGGCAUUUCUUUCAGGUGGCACCACGUGGCAUUUUGAGAAAAGCGUAGGGCCUCGCCGAGACCAACAGCAUCACAGGUGCCUUUGCGGGGCGCUCCGGCCCAGUCGCGCCCAUUUGCUAUGGGCAUGUCCUUCAACUGCUGACCUCAGGAGCAACAUAGCGGCACCCAGGCAUAGAGGUGAAGAGCGAUUGCUGGCCAAACACAUUGCCGAAUCUCCGCUUCCACCGCCUGCUGUUGAUGAGGCAGGCCUCGUUGAUGAAACGGCUGAAGCCAUUCUGACUGAAAUGGCGACAUCCGGUUCCAUUGUGCUUGCGACCGACGGUUCCUCAAAGGACGGAGUCGCGGCCCAUGCUGUGGUGGUGCACCAGUGCGCAAACGCUUUUGCGGGCGGCAACAGUUGUGAAGAUCAGUCAUCGUUUCGGGCAGAGUUGAGCGCCAUGCUUUUGGCCCUUAAAGCUGUUGUGGUGGCUGCAUCGCGAGGAGCCAGAGGGCACAUCACACUCGCUGUCGACUGUUCAGCGGCCCUUCAGGCUCGCUUUAGCUGCCCGUCUCUCCCGUUGUUUACCGCACACUUCCAGCAGCUCGCUGCUGAGAUACGCGGCUUUGAUGUGCAACUUCGCUUCAUGUGGAUCCCUGCACACAACCGCAAAGCGACCUGGGUCCCUUCCAACUCUCCGUUCUGCGCUGCAUUCCUGCGAUCCUUGAAUGACGCGGCAGACCGUGCUGCCAAGGCAUGCGUAGCUAGGCGACUUAAAGGGUCACUCAGGGAAAAAUGGGUGGCCGAGGCUGCUCGUGUACAAGCGUGGGAGGAGGCCGCUGUCAGAGCCUCUGCAAAGGCUGCUGAAAGACUCCACUGCUUCCUUGAAAGUCUUCCCCGUGUUGGGACUGACGUUGCUUGUGACGCCAGCUCUCCCCCGGGAGCUGGUGCUUAG